CAUUGUUUCGGACGCAAAAGAAAGGAGGCCAAUAAUUAUGACGGACCAACAUGGCGGCAAAACAUAGCUAAUGCUAGACAAGUUAAACCAAUGUCUGUAAUUAAUUACUUUUUUUCAUGUGGGAAUUAUUUUACACCGAAUCGAGAAAAUUGACCAACCCUUUCGGUUUCCAAGACAACAUAUUCGGUACAGAAUACGGUCACUAACGGACAUAAACGUUAGCUAGUUGAUCGCUGGAAGGCUUUCCUGUAAGAGCCACUGGAAACAAGCUGGGUAACAGUUGAUCAUGUGGGGUGAAAUUGAUCCUCCAGCUAAAACACAACCUAGUUUGUGUGAGAGUGAAGAUGAGAGUGAAUUUCCAGAAGUAGCGGUGGUGGCUCUGUCCCAGAAAUAUGACUUCCACCGCCCCACACACACCCAGCAGCCACGACAAGACACCCAGUACGUGAGCCAGGCUGAGUCCAUUUGUGUAAACGACAUGGUCGAGGCCAUAGCCAUAAGUGGAAGCCUAGUGAAGAGCCAGCAGAAAGGAGACGCUGAACUGACGCUUAAGCAGCGCAAAGAGGAGCUGCUGCAUCAGUACAGCAGCAGACCGCUGGUGUUCCUGGAGAGGUACCAUGCUCGCCUGAAGCCCCAGAACCUGUCAGCGUUUGCCCACGUCAGCUCAGAUCCACGGGCUCUUCACUACAGCAAUGUGAUACAGAGACGAGCUGCAGCACGCACCAACAGGACAAGGGUUCGAAACCAACGCUACGCAGCCCUCCGGGCCCUACAGGGGGAGGGCGAGUAUUUCAGUGACGAACAGAUGCGUGUGAGGGAACCGCUGCUGUAUGAACAAUAUAUUGGCCAGUACCUGACUGAUGAGGAGGUGCUGGAGCGCUCCCAGGAGGCCAUGCUGGACGAUGCACAGGGGGGACCGGGGGCUCCAGCGGGAGGCACAGGAGGGCUUGCCCAACUCCUCCUCAACUCCUACCAGGAGCGUCUCAUCCAGAACCGCCUGCAGGAGGAGCAGGAGAGAGAGGAGGGCGCACGGGAGGAGGAGGAGGAUGAAGACGAUGAUAAUACUGUCCAGCAGAGGGACAGGCAGCCCACCCCGGAGGAGAAGGCUCUGCUCAGGGAGGAGUUCAUCGGUCAGAUGCACCAGCGCUUCCUCGAUGGCAAAGACAAGGACAUCAACUAUAGUGAGGUGGACGAGAACCCGGAGUACGACAACUUGGACAUAGUCAGCAGAGAUGAGGAGGAUAAAUACUUCGAUGAAGAUGAUGAUGAUGAUGAAGAGGAGGAGGAAGAGGAAGAAAGUAUGACAGAAUAGUGGCUGUAUUAGUAGCAACUGCACAUCGCUUUGAUUGAUUUGUAAAUACAAAUGUACAAAAUAAGGAUUUGCAUUUUUAUUUGUUAAUGUUACAUGCAAAUGCAAACAUGGCCGGUAAUAAGUGUCGUUUUUCAAAAAUGGUUCCCUAAAAAAACCAAAAUACAAUAAAGAUGAUCUCCUUACA